GAGACUCUUACCACAGCCCGCGGUGAUAAAAGUGCUAGAGAUAGGAUCUCAGGGAGAACAGGAGGGGCUUGGAAGGAACGAGAAUCUCUGAAGGGGUCAGAAAGGGUCUUCGGUGUUAGGACCCAACGUGGUGAUGUCACUUGGCAGCUCACAGGUUGUCAGACCGCCGACCUCUGCCUCUGGAUCUGGUGCUGCAGUUCGGACCCUUCCAUUCAGGUGCCCAGUCCCAGCCCUGUCCUUUCCCCAGGGCCUGACAGCUUCACAAAUCUCGGGGAGAAUUAGUGCUAAAAUGGUUCCAGAACUGGGCCUGGAGAAGGAGAGGCGUUGCCUUACUCGAGGGCACGGGCCUCUCCCCUUGUUUGCUCUGAGAUAGCCAGUCUCAACCCCUGCCCAGCCCCAGGAGGCUGCCCUGUGGGCGCCGCCUCCCGUUCCUGGACCCGGACACCAGACCGAAGACGGGAGGACCCGGCCAUGGCCCGGCUGCCGGGCCCUAUGCUGUGCGGGGCGCUGCUGGGCUUGGUCUGCCUGACGGCCCCCAGCCCGGCGGUGGAGGUGCAUGUGCCCGCGGAGCCCCUGAGCGCGCCGGUGGGCAAGACCGCCGAGCUGACCUGCAGCUACAGCACAUCGGUGACGGACAGCUUCGCCCUGGAGUGGAGCUUUGUGCAGCCUGGGAAGCCCGUCUCUGAGUCCCUUCCCAUCCUGUACUUCACCAAUGGACACCUGUAUCCAACCGGUUCUAAGGCAAAGCGGGCCAGCCUGCUUCAGAACCCCCCCACAGGAGGAGUGGCCACCCUGAAACUGACUGACGUGCGCCCCUCAGAUACUGGGACCUACCUCUGCCACGUUAACAACCCGCCAGAUUUCUACACCAACGGGAUGGGGCUGAUCAACCUCACUGUGCUGGUGCCCCCUAGCAGCCCCUCGUGCAGUCAGACCGGUCAGAUCUCUGUGGGGGGAUCUGCUGUACUGAAGUGCAGCUCUUCCGAAGGAGCCCCCAGGCCAGUGUACAACUGGGUCCGCCUCGGAUCUUCUCCUACACCUUCUCCUGGCAGCGUGGUGCAAGAUGAGGUGUCUGGCCAGCUCAUUCUCAGCAACCUCUCCCUGGCCUCCUCGGGCACCUACCGCUGUGUGGCCACCAACCAGAUGGGCAGCGCCGCCUGUGAACUGAGCUUCUCUGUGACUGACCCUUCCCAAGGCCGCGUGGCUGGGGCUCUGAUCGGGGUGCUCCUGGGCGUGCUGUUCCUGUCCAUUGCUGUGUUCUGCCUAAUAAGAUUCCAGAAAGAGAGGAGGAAGAGGCCUAAGGAGAUCUACAGGGGUAGUGACCUCCGUGAGGAUGCCAUGGCUCCUGGGGUUUCUGAACAAACUUCUGUGAGGGCGGAUUCUAACAGUGGGCUCCUGCAGAAGCCCCUCUCUGCCAGCACUAUGAAGACCAAGUCCAAGCUCCCCAUGGCUGUCUGACUGCCCUCCCCUUCACCAAGUGGGAAUACCUACAAUUAAAGCCUCUGGGUACCAUG